UCAAUCUGUGACAUCCAAUCCAACCCUGGCACUAUGGUUCCUCUGCUGAUAGCGUCCAUUAUACUGAGCAGCUCCAUCCCCGGCAGAACGGUGAUCACGAGGGCGGCCACAGAUUGUGGGACUCAGAAGAAGGAUGUUCUCUUCCUUGUCCACCGUUCUCAAAGCAUGAACAUAUCUGAGUUUGCCAUCCUGAAACAGAUGCUGGUUGAUAUUGUCGAUACAUUCACUAUCAAUUCGGAUGAUAACGUCAAGGUUAGUAUUAUCACAUAUCAAACUGUAAUGAUGAAUUUACCGAGUGACAAGUCAGAACUGAAGAAUGCCAUUUUGAGUUUGAAGCAUCGAUCGGAAAAGCCACCGAUAUCUGCAUUACAGGCAAUUAGAACGGCACAACUUUAUAUUUUUGGACAUGGAGAUCGGUCUGAUGCGGCUAAUGUUGCUCUACUUAUCGCCGGUGAUCGACUGAAUGAAAUUGAGGAAUCUCUCUCGACCCGUGACGAUAUGAAAGUGGAACAGAAAGUGGAAUGGUUUUGUCUUGGAGUGAAGAAUGCAGAUGUUCAACAGUUGAAUCGUUUUGCAAGUAACUCGACACACGACCACGUGUUCUACUCUGAGAGUUACAACAACUUGGGGAAGCUGGUUCCGAGACUUGCACAGAUCACAUGCGAUCCCUCUGACCGAUCUUCUAACACGGGUAUCGAUGGUACCUCGCAGGCUCCCAGGAAAAUCAGGACGAAUCUUUACCACCGACAAUCCCAUCGGAUCAGUGGCUGUCCAGCCGCCAUGACAACCUAUGCAGAGUCAUCUAUUGCUUGUGGCGUUCAGUGCAGUUCGAGUGAAAGCUGUAUGGGUUUCAAUAUGGCGCUAAAGGCAGACAUCUUGAAUACAUGUCAGUUGGUGACAUGCGCAGUGACAUACAAUUUGACGGCAUCUGGAGAUCAUGACUUCUAUCAGCGAAUGUAGAGGCGGAACUUGUGUUCCCUCAAGUCGCGACGUCGUCGCCAUUUGUAUUUUGUGUCUUGUGAUGUUUGUGUUAGUGACAGCAAAAACGUACAAUGACGUCGCUCUACUCUAAAUGUUAUUUGUGGUGUGAUAUAUUCAUUGUUUUAUUUCUAUUGAUGCUUUCAAGAAAACGAACGAGCAACAACUUGUUGCAAAGAACUAUCAUGACACCCUUUGGGGUGUGAGGUGUGAGGUGCGAGAUGUAAGGUUUGGGUUGUAGG